AUGGCGACAAAAGAAAGAUCAAUUUCUAAGGAGUCGGAUGAAAAAGGGUCUUCCAGGGUUGAUGGCGAGCCAGUUUCCAUUUCAAACAAAAGGACAAGUGCCGAUUCAAAGCCAGAUGAUUCUAAAAGGCAAAAAAUAAGCUUUGGUUUGACAGGAAAACAAUCGUCUGGUCAAAAUUGUAAAGGAAAUACCAAUGUUAAAGGAAAUACAAAACCUGGAAUUCAAAUAAGACUGGGCUUUAAUAAGCAAGCAGUUCCUAUACCACCGGUUAAAUUUAGACCAACUGCAGCUAUAUUUAAUAGUGAUGAUGAUGAAGAACCUGAAGAAAUGCCACCAGAAGCUAAAAUGAGAAUGAGAAAUAUAGGAAGGGACACUCCCACAUCGGCUGGUCCAAAUUCAUUUGGUAAAACAAAACAAGGAUUUUGCGAUUCGAAAAAAGUUUUUGAAAAAUCAUUAAAAGCAGCCAUUGAAAAAGCAGCUGGAAAUGAUUGA